AUGCAUAUCUCUGAUCCUGCAAUUCCAUUUGGCUCCACCGUUGUAGUCAUCGGUGCGAAUGGCUACAUGGGGGUUGAGACUUGUGAAAAACUCCUCCAGGCAGGCUUCUUCGUCCGGGGAACUGUGAGGGAUGUGGAGGAAAAUCGACAGUGGAUGUAUAACCUAUUUGAUACCAAGUGGCCCAACAUGUUCGAGCUGGUUCACGUGUCUGACUUUGAAGCUGAAGGGGCAUUUGAUGAAGCCUUCAAAGGCGCCAAGGGUGUUAUCUAUAUUUCAACACCGACCAUACUGAAUGCGGACCCUGCAAAGAUGGUAGAGCCUGUGAUUAAAGGUACUAUCAACAGUCUUGAAGCUGCAGCCCGCGCUGGAGUGAAGCGCUACGUUCUCAGUUCACGCUCCAAGGCAGUUGAGUCUACCAAUUACAACCACCUGUACCAUGUCACUUCAAGCAUGUUCAACUACGAGGCUAUCAGGAAGGCCUGCUGUGAGCCGGAUGUAGAUGGCCUCGGUAGAUUUAUGGACGUCUACAGUGCCAGUCGGGCUUUGGCAGAAUUGGCCUUUUGGUCAUGGGUUGGCACGAACCAAAAUUCCUUUGUUGCAAACUGUGUGGUACCUGAUGGACAAUUUGGACGAGCCCUUGAUCCCUAUAACACGACUUCUACCUUCAGCAUGUUGAAGGCGGCGGCUGAGGGUGAAUGGGAUAUCGUAUCUGGUCAAGUCGCAUACUACACUGAUGUCCAAGAUGCGGCACGUCUUUUGUUCGCUGCAGUAGCUCUUUCUUCGCUUGUGAAUGAUAGAAUAUUUGCGUACUGUCAUAAUUCAACGUGGAAUGAGCUACGAUACAAGAUUCGACUUAUCUCAACGAAAAAAGAGAAGUUGGUGAAGGGCGAAGACCAGGCAGUAAAAGGGAGGGAUCUCUCCAAUGUGGAUGGGCUUAUUAAACGAGCCGAGAGUAUCUUGCGAGACAUUGGUCAGCAAGGCUUUGCGAGCGAGGAGGAUAUUUUAAGUGACUUUUUGGAUUGCCUCUGA